CCUCAACGUCCGUGUCGAUGCCUAUCUAUGGUCGGGAUCUCUUUGCCGCCGCGAGAUAAGCCACGCGGGUUCACUCUGUUCACCUCAUCCAUCGUAAGCCGUGCAGGCAAGAUGCUCCAAGUCGAGCAAACGGGACGCAUUCUAUAAAUGAUAUUAAGGCGGUGCCUUUAAAACAUCUGAUCACACUCUCUCUAGCAGCCAAAAACAACAAUCCAGUCGUCUCCAUCGGCAUCCAUCGACCACGCCGACUACUCUUGACAUGUCUCAACCCAGUUCGGAAAAGACGGAUGCCAUCACGCCGGCCCCGGCUCGCAGCAGCGGGAGCAUCGACGCCGGAAAACUCGAAAACGCCGAAGAUGCAUUCGAGGUCUUUAAGCGCGGCGAAGGAGAGGUUGACUUCCGAACUGUCGGCUGGAUACAAGCUUCAGUCAUCUUUCUAAAGGUCAUUUUCGCCACCGGAGUUCUGACGAUCCCUUCGGCCAUGUUCGUCCUCGGCGCGUUGCCCGGUGCCAUCAACGUCCUGGGCUGGCAGUUUCUAAACACAUACUGCGCCAUCAUCCAAGGAAACUUCCGCAACGCCCAUGCCGGGUGCCAUUCCAUUGCCGACAUGGCCAACGUGGUUGGUGGGGUGUGGCUUAAGGAGGUUGUCGGAGUCCUGUUCCUCGUCACGUACGCCAUCGUUGGCGCAUCCGGAAUCUUUGGCACGUCGGCUGCCUUCAAUGCCCUUUCCAACCACGCCAUCUGCACAAACUACUUCAUGAUGGUCGCGACGGCCGCUGUAUUCAUCCUGGCGAGUGUUCGCAAGUUUGAAAAGAUUGCGUGGUUGACUUGGGCGGGUUUCUUAUCCGUGUACAUUGCCGUCUUCAUCGUCGUGGUUGCCGUCACACAAGUAGAUAGGCCUGCCGCUGCCCCGCAGACCGGCGACUUUGAUCUCGGAUACCACGUCAUUGGCAAUCCAAACUUUGUCACUGGCAUUACAUCCGUCGCCACCAUCUUUUGUUCAGGCGCAGGCACGUCGGCGUUCCUCCCCGUCAUCUCCGAGAUGAGGAAGCCGAGAGACUACAACAAGGCCGUCUACCUCUGCAUGGGAAUCGUCACAGCGUCCUACCUGACCUUCUCGCUCGUCGUCUACCGCUGGUGCGGUCAAUGGGUAGCGUCCCCUUCUUUGGGCAGCGCCGGCGAGGUUGUCAAAAAGGUGGCCUAUGGCAUCGGUCUGAUUGGCCUGAUGGUUAGUGCCUGUCUCUACAUCCACGUGGCCGCCAAAUACCUCUUCGUCCGACUUCUCCGCAACUCGGUUCACCUGCAGAAGAACUCGGUUGUUCACUGGUCCGUCUGGCUUGCAUGCACUUUGGGAAUGUCCAUUGUCUCGUUUCUGCUGGCAUCCGGAAUCCCCAUCUUCAACUAUCUCCUCGCCCUUGCAGGAAGCUUGACGUUUGCGCCUCUUGCGCUUGGCCUCCCGGGCUACCUUUGGAUCUUUGAUCACCAACACUACCGUCAAGGAACCUGGUGGAAAAUUAUGGUAUACUGGCUGAACUGGCUCAUGGUCCUCCUGGCAGUGUUUCUGACUAUUGGCGGCACCUACGGUGUGGUCCAGAACAUCAUCGACGCCUAUGCUAAUGGGUUGAUUGGAGGUGCCUUUUCUUGUGCAGACAACAGCGGCUCAUCAUGAUCUUCCAACAGGGAGCUGUAUGAGUAUCUAGCUGGCUAAUGAGGGAAGAAUGUCAGAAUGAUUGGUCAAACGUUUAUAUUUAGAGUAAUAGAAGCUCGUAUUUUACAAAAAUGGAAGCUAUCAUUUAUGCUGUCCUACUGCAACAAGCAAACAUUGAAGUUUCACAA